AUGGGGCUCUCGGCGCUACACUGCGCCAGACGCAGCCCCAUGGGCAUCCAGCGGGGUUCGCCACUGUUGCGAAUGGCGCAUACGUGGGCCAUGGAGGCUAGCAGACCGUCGAUGGCUGCUGGGCGUCUUUCGGCGAUUUCUGGGAGAGCGAACUCGCUGAGAUCACACGUAUCAGCUAGAUUCGCCUCGUCCUCGCCGCCACCAUCAGGAGGCACCACACCCAACUCGCGAGCCACAGCCCUUACCGAAGAAUUUCAGCGUCGGCAACGAGAAUCGUACAAACGACGCAAUCAGUCCUUGAUGAUGUACUCGGCCGCACUCAUGGUCUUCACUCUGGGUUUCAGCUACGCUGCCGUCCCACUCUACCGCGCUUUUUGCUCCGCAACCGGUUUCUCUGGAACGCCCAUUACCGACCCCGAGCGAUUCGCCCCAUCUCGCCUGAUCCCCGCAUAUCUCGACCCCUCCACCAACGCACCCACCAAACGCAUUCGCGUCACCUUCAACGCCGACGCCUCCGAUGCCAUCCCGUGGUCCUUCACACCCGUUCAAAAGGAGAUCCACGUCCUGCCCGGUGAAACGGCCCUCGCAUUCUACACGGCCAAAAACAAGUCGGACAAGGACAUCAUCGGCAUCGCCACGUACAACGUCUCUCCAGACAGGAUCGCUCCGUACUUUGCCAAAGUCGAAUGUUUCUGCUUCGAAGAGCAGAAGCUGCUUGCGGGGGAGGAGGUGGAUCUUCCCGUGUUCUUCUUCAUUGACGCGGACGUGUUGGACGACCCGACCACAAAGGGCGUGGACGAUGUGGUGUUGAGCUAUACGUUCUUCAGUGCCAGGAGGAAUGAGAAGAACGGUCAGUUGGAGCCUGAUACUGAUUUGAGUCAGUAUACAGUGGGCAAGGACCUCUAG